GGGCGGGGUUGUACAGUCACGUGAGACGAGCGGCCGAUAUGUGGCUGCGUCCGUCGUCUUUUUUGCUGGGACUGGUGGUGUGCAGCAGAGGACUAGUGAGGAGCAUGUGUGCUCAAGUGGGAGACUGGCAGAGUGCCAAGUCCAUUUAUGAGUUCUCUGCCAAAGACAUUGAUGGGGAGGAGGUUYCUCUGGAAAAGUACAGAGGUCAUGUUUGCAUCAUUGUAAACGUCGCCUCUAAAUGAGGAAAGACUCGUGUAAACUACACUCAGCUUGCGGGAAUGCACGCCUCCUAUGCUGAGAAAGGUUUACGCAUCCUGGGCUUCCCAUGCAACCAGUUUGGAGGACAGGAACCGGGGACUGAUGCGGAAAUUAAAGAGUUUGCCAAAGGGUAUAAUGCAGAGUUUGAUCUCUUCAGUAAGAUUGAGGUGAACGGUGACAACGCUCACCCACUGUGGAAGUGGAUGAAGUCACAGCCCAAAGGAAAGGGAACCUUUGGAAACAACAUCAAAUGGAACUUUACCAAGUUCCUUAUUGACAAAGAGGGGCAGGUGGUGAAGAGAUACGGUCCAACAGAUGAUCCAAGUGUGGUGGAGAAGGACUUGCCCACAUACAUGUAAUGCUACUACUGAGUUCCUCUGAUUCCUGACCUCUCAUAUGGACUUAAGGGUAUCUGUGUGAGUGUGCCUGGGCCAGUGACGGCUCUGUCUGUAAACCCAUCCCUGGGAAAGGCAGAGCCUGAUGAUCCUCAGCGUGCAACUUAUCUCCAGAGCCCACUCAUGUCAGACCUUGUAAGACCAUGUGAAAGGGCAUUUAUUAGAUGGCCUAAAAAAAAAAGACAGUUUGCAUCCUACUGAAAAUCUAAACAAUCAUUCCUUUUUAUAAUGUUUAACAAAUUUACCCAUCAGUAGCCCUUUUCACAUGUAUAUCUUAUUAGACAAUGGCUUUGUUUCCAUAUAGUAUUUUCACUCAUGCUGUGUACGUCUCUCAGUCCAGUAUCUGUGUGUGUCUGUGUGUGUUUUACACACAUGAAGCAAGCUUUAUGGAAUCAGUAGUGACAACAGCACCAUUGAUUAGAGCUUCACACCCACCCUUCCUAAAUUAGCUCUAUAACUACAACCGCUUUGGUCGUUUCACACAACCCUAAUGUACAMAGAAGACAUCUCGUGCAUGAUAUCUGAAAGGGGCUAGUGGUGUGAGAAUAUAAAUGGCAAUAAUUGCACAAUAUUCUGUAAAUCUAUUAACAAUAUUGAUGUCAUUUGUCACAAACCAUAACUUGAGUGAUUGCAUUWGAAAAAUAAACCCUGUCUUGCACA